AUGAGAGGACGCUUGCAGACUGGGCGGCGAAGCUCGAAGCGCCAGCAGGACGAUUCCACAGACACACUGGCAUCGUCUUCGCAAUGCAGCUGCGCACAGUGGGUCUUGGUGGCCAUGAGUUUGUCCACGCUGCUCGGUGUUCCGGCCACCUUGUGGCAUUUGCAAAAGGCAGACGCGGAAUCAGGAAGCCGCUUUACAGCCAAACUUCGACGACGAGACCGGGGAGAUGUAGAGGCCCGCUUCGCAGAAUCGAUGCAAACAAUGUGGCCGCUGCAAGCCUUGGAUGAUUCUGACGUUCCAUCCACUGCCGACAUAGCCAAGCAGCUGGAUGCCAUGGAGAAGGAGCAGCGGCAAGCUCUGCGCCGCUUGACGACUUCCGAAAUGCCAGCGGGCCGGAUCAAAUCCGCAUCAUCCGAAAGGUCCACACAGAGGCCUCUCGAGCCAGCCGAGCGAAGCAGGGGGGGAUGUGCCUGGCAAGAGCAUCCUGGAAAGUACCUCGGUGAGCUUCUGAACUCAGGUGACACUGAAAGGAGCUUGCCCGAAGCGCAGGACGCGUGCGCAGCUGCUGGUGACUCCUGCGCAGGAGUCACGUGUUCUUCAUUGCAACGCUGUUCAGCACGCAGAGGCUUUCCAUAUUUGGCGCAGACACCACCCAAUUCACCUCCGGAGGUGUCCUACACCAAAGCAUGUUCCGCCACGAGGCCUCGGGAGGUCAGCACGUCCUGGGUGAUGCAGCCGCCGCGCUCACCGGUUUCUCGAGAGCCUCUGAGGCCCGACGAGCUGGUGAUCGUCGUUAUCGCCCACAACCGCCCAGACUGUCUGGAAAGAUGUCUCGCUGCCCUCGCCCAGCUUGACGAGAUCCAGAACUUUCGCAUUGCCGUGUCCCUGGAUGACCAAUCCUCUUUCGGCAACAUGGAAGCAGCAGUGCGGAAAGCCGCGCCCAAUUUGAAGGUCGAUGUCUGGCACAAGAGCAAGCUUGCAGGGGAUCGUGCCCCGUUGCAAUCAAAAACUGCAGUUUCUAAGAUCUCCGAGCACUUUCGAUUCGCCUUGGCGGAGAGCUUCGAACGGCAGCAGUUUGAGUUCGCGAUCUUUUUGGAGAACGACUUGCUGGUUUCUCCCGAUUUCCUGUGGCUUUUCCGAGCCACAGCCUGGUUGCUCCUGGAAGAUCCUACUCUGUUCUGCGUCUCUGCCUGGAACGACAACGGCUUUCCUGGCUUGGUCAACAACGAGUCUAAGCUGUUUCGUACUGACUAUUUCCCAGGCCUGGGAUGGAUGAUUCACAAGUCCACAUGGCUUGGUGUGCUGAAGGAGGAGUGGCCGCGAUUCCCGAGCACAGGCUGGGACCACUGGCUGAGGCAUGGCUCUGGCCUGUAUCCUCGA